AUGGACGUAAAUGUGAACAAAACGGCCAUCAGUCAUUUUUUUCCCAAUGAUGUUGUAACUUUGAAUGAUCACUACGUGAAUCGUUGCCGCACUCCGCUCCCUGAUGGUCCUGGCCCCAUCCCUGCAUUACACACAGGCCCCACAUCCGAGUCCUCGCCCUCCCAGGCCUCAGCCAUCCUCACCUGCUGCUGGAGAACCACAACAGCUGACCUGCCACUCCCCGCGUUUUCCUCCUUCCAGGACCUGAAGGGGACCCUAGCCCAGGAACUGGACUUUGAGAUCGAAGGCCACAACGGGGAGCGUUGCGCCCAGGAGCUGAAGCACUUUCGAUUCGUGGUGGUGCCUCGCGUGCACUGGGACAAAAGCAGCAAGCGGGUCCUGACCGCCGACUUCUACGAGGCCUGCAAGAUCAACGACCUGGAGGGGCUGCGGAGGCAAGGCCUGAGCCCCAAGGACCCAGCAGAGAAACUGAUCAAGAUGUUUGCCGAGCAGAUCUUCUUCACCGGAUUCAUCCACGCGGAUCCCCACCCGGGAAACGUGCUGGUGCAGAAGGGCCCGGAUGGCAAAGCCCAGCUGGUUCUGCUGGAUCACGGCCUCUACGAGGUCCUUCACGAGAAGAACCGAGAAGCUCUCUGCAAGCUCUGGCGUGCCAUUAUCCUGCGGGAUGACGCCUCCAUGCAGCUGCACGCCCAGCAGCUGGGUGUAAAAGCCCAGGAUUACUUGCUCUUCUGCGAGAUCCUGCUGCAGCGGCCCAUCAACAUGGCGGAGCUGGCGCUCUCCAACGUGAUGACCCGGGAGGAGGAGGCCUACAUGCGCGACAUGGCCAAGCACCACUUCGACUGCAUCAUGCGGGUGCUGAGGGACCUGCCUCGCUCCAUGCUCCUCGUCUUCCGGAACAUCAACACCGUCCGGGGCAUCAACGUGGCGCUGGGCGUUCCCGUGGACCGCUACUACAUCAUGGCCAGAAGUGCGGUGAAAUGCUGGAGUCGCACGGUCAGCCAGAGAUCCGGAGCCUUGGCCAACUUCUUCCUCUUCCGUUGGAUCCGGGCGUUUUGGGACGGCCUCGUGUUCGAGUUCACUCUCAGGUUCCAGGUCACCUCCACGAAGCUGACCAGCUCCCUCCUUCGAUUCCUGGUUUACGUCGGCUUCCUGAAACCCAGCCAAGAACCGGACGGCAUCUACGAGCUCCUGCAGGCCUGAGUCGGAAGGUGCCCAGCUGGGGGGGGGGGCAUCG